UUAUGUUUGUUAUAUUCAAUUAUACACCAGUAUGCUGAUAUGUCGGCUACAUUCUACGGUAGUUUGUAUUUGUCUUUCCAGGUGGGAAAAAAUUUCUUCAAGAUUUUACUGGAGAGGCAGUUACGACGAGGUAAAGACGUUCAUCAAGAACUGCGACAAAUGUCAGCGAAAGGCAGACUUGAAAAAGGCAAAGAAACCGCUGCGGCCCAUACCGGUGCCUUCGGAAGCAUUUAAACAAGUGGGCAUGGAUCUUAUAGGCCCCUUAGAAACUACAUCUGCGGGUAACAAGUUUAUCAUGGUGAUCACAGAUUAUUUCACCAAAUGGGUAGAAGCAGAGCCAAUCCCAGAUAAGUCCGCGGAACAAGUGCUGAGGGUAUUUACGAAGUUUAUAACGACCCAUGGAUGUCCCAGUGUUUUAAUCACAGAUCAAGGGAGGGAAUUCUGCAAUCAGUUAAACGAUCAACUGUGCAAGCAAUUUGGAAUAGAACACAGAAUAGCGUCUUCGUAUCACCCGCAGACUGGUGGUCAUACCGAGAGGUUCAAUAGGACUUUAUGCAACAUGCUAGUCCACUUCGUUAAUUCGGCGCAAAAUGAUUGGGACAUGAAGUUGCCUCUUGUAUUAUUUGCGUACAGGACGUCCAAACAUUUAUCAACAAAACAAACACCCUUUUAUCUUGUUUUCGGAAGGCAGGCUCGUCUACCAGUGGAACUAAAUGUACCACAGUCAGAGGGUGACAAUGACGACUAUGACAUGUUACUCCAACAAAGAUGCGAGUCUUUUGUAGAGCUGUCGUGUAACAGAGAAGGGGCAUCAAUGAACAUUAAAACAUCGCAGUCAAAACAGAAAAAAUACUAUGACGCUGCAGUACAUUCGGAAGAUGAAGUGUUUAAAGUUGGGGACCAGGUCCUAGUGCAUAAUACUAGAAAGGUCACUCGCAAAGGUGGAAAACUUGACGUAAAGUGGAAAGGGCCAUAUCACAUCACAAAAGCAAGCGGAAAAGGAACAUAUUUCCUUCAAGGACUGAAGACGUCUGUAAGUGGAAGCAGGCUUGCGAUUUACAAGAUUGAGGAGGAUGACUCUAGUGAGAAAGACACAAAAGAACAUUGUCAAAAAGACUUUGUUGCAGAGCCGAAAGAAGAAAAGAAAGAACAUGUCAAGAAAGGCCGCGAAUGUAAAGCGGAAAAUAUAGAAAGUAAUGAUGUCCGUCAUCUCCCUUUAAAGAAAAGAAAGAUAUUAGAUCAAGAGGGUACAGCAUCUGCAUCUGCAUCUAAACCAGAACCGUUUAUGUUUAAACCAGUAAACAAGGAUUGGCAGGAACAGGUGGCCAGCGUAUUUAAGUCAAAACUAAAAAACUCGUACGUUAUUGGGCCUGAUAGGUUUGUCCGACGUGACGCACGGCCCACUCGUACAGUCAACAUGCGUGGCGACGGUAAUUGUCUCUUUAGAACGUUUAGCUACCUCGUUUUUGGUGUACAGACAUGUCAUAGCUUAAUCAGGCAAGCAACAGUUUCAUAUAUGAAAGAAAAUGAGAAUGUGAUGAAAGGUGUCCUGCCUGAUCCAGUUGAUCGCUAUCUUGACAACUCAAUGAUGGCAAACAGUGACACGUGGGGGACAGAGGUAGAAAUAUUUGCGUUUGCAACACUAACUCGAACCACCAUUUAUGUUUAUUCAAAAUACGGUGGUGAUAUUUGGCGCUGGUUAGAAUAUAAACCAUUAACGAAUGACGAUACAAAUGACAGGGCUAUGUUCAUCCAAAACACAAGUGAUCACUUUGUUCCUGUUCUAGAUGUAGAUGGCGAGGAAUUUUCAAGACGUCCAUAUGUGAGAAUUCGGAACUACAUACCAGAAAAAUAUCACCCAUUAAUUACAGAGGAGAUUUUGGAUGGGGCGUUAGUGAAUAGCCAUGAGGACGAAACCCUUCUGCGGAAAAGAGACAAAAGUGUGACUUCUGUCUAUGUGAAACCGUUUACGAACGUGAAGUAUGACGUCGACGGAUUGCGAGGGCUAUCCGAGGAGGUGGAUGCCAAUAUCUAUAAUCUCGUUUGUGACUGGGGAGAUGUUGAAAAUAAACUCAACUAGUACUGAAUGUACUCGUAUGCUAGUAUAUAUAAACAUUAAACAAGAAGAAACGGUGAAAACAGCAGCGUUUUUGUGCUUCUUUCACAAUAUAAUAUGUUCAUGUCCUUGUUCAUGACUGUUCACAUUAAAGAUUACUUUUUGAUACAUGUAUAAGUUAAAGCGUACACGAUUAGUGCAACAAGUUCAAGCUUUCGCGUCGUGUGUUAUAUAAGAGUUUCUCAUAUUAUUCGCGUAUUACAUUGUAACCAGUUUGAGUUCUACAUAAUAAAUAGUUCUGCUGUUGUAUUCAUCAUCGUACUAUUUGUUCAAAUAAACAAAAUGUUUGACGAAAAAAGGUUCUUUUAUAAGUCCCGAUUGUAUGUAGCAGUGGUUAUUGACUAUGUAUGUAUACGUAAAUCGCACAGAAAGUACACUGCACGUCAACUAUUACAAGUAAUUACAUUCAUGAGGUUUUACGGAUUACAGCGAACAUCAUAAUAAGCCAUUCAUUAUUAGAAUCCUGCAUUUUCGACUUAUUUUGGUAUAUAUUUCGUUUUGUAACAUAACGUCAAGGAAGGCAUUUCGACUGCCUAUACGUUAUUUGAAGAAGUGUGCUCCGUGACGUUAUGUUAUUGGACCAAAUGAACUGAAAUUAGCCGAAAGUUCACGAUUUAAACGAUUAAUAGUUUACCUGGUCUUUUUGAGUUCAUGUACAAAAGGAGAAGGAGGUAUCGCUUCAAAAAUAUUACAAAAGGGUUCAAAUGCCAAAUUUGGGUUUUCCGUUUUGUUUCCAUGGUACAUAGAGCUAUUCACGAUUUGAUAGAAUCCGGAAGAGGAUCAUGCAUUUGCAAAAGGUCGCAUUUCGUUUAUACACGAAUCAACCCCGACGAAAU